UUCUCUCUCUCUCUCUCUCUCUCCCGCUCUCUUUCCCGACUUGUGCCGCAGCUCCGCCAAGUGCCCAUUCCCCUCUCCUCCUCCCUCUCCAUCUCCUCCGGGUCCUUGGCUUCUCCGUCGCCCCGAUGCCUCCCAACCUCACGGGCUACUACCGCUUCGUCUCCCAGGAUAACAUGGAGAACUACCUCCGCGUCUUAGACAUCAAUGUUGCUCUGAGGAAACUGGUUUGCCUUCUCAAGCCAGACAAAGAGAUCAUCCACAAUGGAGACCACAUGACUAUCCGCACAUUAACUUCGCUUCGAAACUAUAUCAUGGACUUUGACCUGGGGGUUGAGUUUGAAGAAGACUUGGGCCCCGUAGACGGACGCAAGUGCCAGACAAUUGUCGCCUGGGAAGGAGAUCAACUGGUGUGUGAGCAGAAAGGAGAGAAGCGAAAUCGGGGCUGGAGACAUUGGCUAGAAGGGGAUCAACUUCAUCUGCGUAUGACAGCAGAGGACGAGGUUUGCGUCCAGGUUUUCCAGAAAGUGAAAUGAUCCCAAACUCUGCAUUUGCCUUCGACCAGACAUUAACUUCUGGAUGCAGUUGGCAUUAGAACUUAAACAUAGGACCAAAAUCAAGCAAAUGCCUUCUCACACGUUGUCUUAACAUUUUUCUUUUUGAUUAAAAUAAUAUCAAUGUCCAA